CCCCAAAGCUUUUUUUCCUCUCUCUCGAAUUUUCGGCUAUGGAGGCGUCACAGCCAGGAAGUCCAAGCGCAGCUCAAUCGGCGGUGGAAGAGGAGUUGGUGAAGUGCUACUGCUGCGGGUUGACAGAGGAAUGCACGUCAGAGUACAUAGCUACAGUGAAGGAGCAGCAUCAGGGCUGUUGGAUUUGCGGACUUUGUGCGGAGGCGAUCAAGGAAGAGAACUCGAGGUCGGAGAAGGCCCUCAGCGAGGGGGAGGCGAUGAAACAACACGCCAGUUUCCGUGAGAAGUUUCGUUUGUCGAGCCCUCCGACGAAGUCUGCUGAGGAAUUGAUAUCGGCGAUGAAGCAGCUUUUGCGACGGACUUUGAACUCCCCGAAAAAAGAGGGGUUGGGUUGCCAACCCUCUCUUUCGAGGUCGAAGAGCUGCUUUGCGCCGGUGGUGAAAGGAAGUAGUUGAUUCAAAAAAAAUUAAUAAUGAUUGGUAG